AUGGACCCAACCAAUAAUCUUAAUAAUGUUGGUGGGCACUUACCAGAACAAAUUUACAAUCAACAACAGCAACCACCACUAGCUUUUAGUGACCAUCAUGGUCAUCAAGCAAGUAGUGGUAGCGGUAUGGGUACUCCUGUAGCGAGUGUACCUUCUACUCCACAACUACAAUAUCAACAAACACCACAAUUCCAGCAAAUGGGAGGCUAUCAAAUUCAAAUGGGUCCGCCCUCUGGCCCACCACCACCAGAUUCAACAUCUCCACUUGGUCCACCACCCGGUCCUCCACCACCCGACUUUGGAGAAAAUAAGUUUUAUCAACCGCACAUGCCACCACCAGAUCAAGGUAAUCCUCAUCCGGUUACCAUCAUAGUUCCACCACCCGACGAAAAAGACGAAGAAGAUAAUCACCAGACAUUGCAGCAUGUUUCACUUCUGUCACAACCAUUCUUUUUUAAUGGACAGCCAACAUACAAAACUUACUAUCUGAUGUGGCUCCUCGUGUGUCCGUCAGUCUCGCUCAAUAUAAAAAGAAAUAUGACGACCUUCACACUUUGGUUUGCGAUGCUCUCUAUCUCUAUGACUCCGUGGAUUACUACUCAUACUGCCGUUGAUUGUAUAGAUAUACUGUCAGAUCUCGAUUACCGGCUAUGUAAUUUAAUGAAAUCGCGAGUUAAAGACUAUUAUUUCCAAGUCGUUAAAUUGAACAGUGUUCAAUCUAACGAUGCUUAUUCGUAUUCUCCCGAGUUUCCAUUUAAUGAUAUUUUGAAAUUUUGA